AUGAAUCUCAGCCUGCUAGAUCCGUUUCAGAACGACUUCCCCGAAGUGAUCGAGGAGUAUCUGGACCACCGCGCCGCCAAGUGCAUCGCCUUCAACCGCCGCGGCACGCUGCUCGCAGCGGGGUGCGCGGACGGCGUGUGCGUCAUCUGGGACUUCGACACGCGCGGAGUGGCCAAGGAGCUGCCGCUCCCCCCGCUGCUCCCUCCGCCCCUCCAUGAGACCCCCUCACCCGCCACGGCGGACUCUCCAUCCGCCACGCCUUCCGCCGUUCCCCCUCCUCCCCCGUCGCUGGUCACGAGCGUCGCAUGGUCCAAAUGCGGCCGCCUGCUGCUCGCCGCCUACACGCCCGCGGGCCCCUCCGCCCACGCGCACGCGCACUCCCCCGCGCAGCCGCAUGCGCCGCCGUCGCCCCACCGCGUGGUGCUGUGGGACGUGGCGGCGGGCUCCCCCGUGACCUCCACAGAUAGCGCGGGGGGCGGGGCAGGGAAAGGGGGGAGGGGCGGGGGCGGGGAGGCGGGGGCGGGGAGCCUGCCAUGGCCGGCGGUGUUUGACAGGAGCGGCAGCCUGGCGGUGGUGGGCGCGCCCUCGGGCCACAUCCUCGUCGCCUCCGUGCCCGCCGCUGCCCUCCUCGCCGCCAUCCCCGGCGUGCCCUCCCCCGCGGGCAGCAGCAGCGGCAGCACGGGGUGGCCGGCGGCGUGCAUCCGCCAGCUGGCGCUGAGUCGCGACGGCCGCUUCCUGCUCACCAACUGCACGGACCGCGUGCUGCGCGUCUUCUCCCUCGCCACCACUGCCCUGGAGGGCGCCGAGGGGAGCGGCACUGGCGGGGAGACCAGGGGGGCGAAGCAGAACGGGGAGAGAGGCGAGAGCGGAGCAGGGGAGUCAGAGCGCAGUGAGCGCGGGGGCGGGCGAGCAGGGGGCAGCAAGCAGGGCGGGGGGUGGCCGAGUGCAGACGAGGUGGUGCCACGGGGCAAGCGGCGCGCGCUGGUGUCACUGGCGUUCGUGAAGGAGUACCAGGACGCGGUGAACCGCGUGCAGUGGCGCAGCGCGUGCUUCAGCGGCGACGGCGAGUUCGUGGUGGGUGGCGUGGCGGCGCGUGGCGAGCACAAGAUCCACAUCUGGAACCGCGCCUUCGGCCAGCUCGUGCGCAUCCUCGAGGGGCCCAAGGAGGCGCUGGCGGACCUGCUGUGGCACCCCACGCGCAAGGUGAUCGCGUCGCUGGCGGGCAGCGGCAGCAUCUACCUGUGGGCGCAGGACUACCGCGAGAGCUGGAGCGCGUUCGCGCCUGACUUCCGAGAGCUGGAGGAGAACGAGGAGUACGCGGAGCGCGAAGACGAGUUCGACGCCUGGCCCGACCCCGCGCUCGGCCCGCCCGCACGCCAUGGCGCGGGGGAGGAGGGCGGUGGGUGGGAGGAGGUGGACAUAGAGACGGUGGAGCGCGUGGCGGCUUACAGCGACUCCGAUGACUCCUCUGACGCCCUGCUCUUCCUCCCCACCCACCCCCUCCCCACCCCCCCUCCGCCCACUGCUGCCGCUGCCCCCGCUGGCAAUGGUGCAGCGGUGGAUGCAGAGGAGGAGCAGGAGGGUGGGGGCAGGGCGCGGAGCAGGGAGGGCGAGAGUGGGGAGGAGAGUGGUUGGGAGGGGGAGGAGGGGGAGGGGCAGGGCAGUGGAGGGGCUGGCGCCGACAGUGACUCAGGUGAGCCUCGCCUGAGGUAA